AUGGAGAUUGUACACGAGUACACGAAGGCCCGCGGGGACUUUGGCCGCCAAUGUCUCUUCUCGGACCGGCCCGCGGAGCUUCUUGCGGACGUGGCCCCGGACUCGGACCUGGCGCUGCAGUUCAUGACGAGAAGCAGCAGAGUUCAGGCGCUUCAGUGUUCUCAAGACAUGUCCGAGCACCAGGUGAACACAGAGAGGUUUGAAUCAGAAAGCCGUGGAAUAAACCAUGUGGAAGGGGGGUGGCCCAAAGACAUCAACCCCCAAGACAUGGAGCAAACCAUUCGUUUCAGGAAGAAGGUGGAGAAGGAUGAGAGCUACUUGAUUAGCAUCAUGCAGCUUGGUGAUGUUAUAGGGCACUGCGUUGGACAGAACACCGCCGUCAACAUAUACCAGAAGUACUUUGAGGAUGAAGAUCUGCGGGACAAAAUUCAGGAACCGCCAUCUGCUAAGACCAUCAAUGUGUUCAGAGAUCCGAACCAGGUGAAGCGAACUGUCACCUGUCUGUCCUGGCACCCCGACGGAGGUAGAAAACUGGCAGCUGCCUACUCAUGCCUGGAGUUCCAGAAAGCUUCCACAGACAUGAGCCCGGAUGCAUACAUUUGGGACAUUGAGAACCCCAACAAACCUGAGCUGACUCUGAAACCUGCGUCUCCUCUUGUCUGUUUGGACUACAACCCAAAAGACUCACACACUCUUGUUGGCGGGAGCUACAAUGGACAAAUUGUGUUCUGGGAUACCCGUAAAGGCAGUCAGCCUACGGAUGUUUCCUCUCUGGAGCAGAGUCACAGGGAUCCAGUCUAUAAGACCAUUUGGUUGCAAUCCAAGACCGGAACAGAAGCCUUCUCUGCAUCCACUGAUGGACAGAUUCUGUGGUGGGACGUCCGUCGGCUGAGCGAGCCCACAGAGCAGUUGAUUCUGGACUUGGGUCGGGAAGGAAACCUAGACCGGGCUUUAGGAGCGAUCUCCCUGGAGUUUGAAUCCACCAUGCCAACCAAGUUCAUGGUGGGGACCGAACAGGGUAUUGUUGUGUCCUGUAACAGAAAGGCAAAGACUACAUCUGAAAAGAUAGUCUGUAGCUACGACAGCCACCAUGGACCUGUCUAUGCGCUACAGAGGAACCCUUUCUUCCCCAAAAACUUCCUCAGUGUGGGGGACUGGAGGGCUCGCAUCUGGUCUGAGGACAUCAAGGAGUCGUCCAUCAUGUGGACCAAGUACCAGAUGUCGUUCCUGACAGAUGCCUGCUGGAGUCCUGUCAGGCCCGCCGUCUUCUUCACUGUGAAGACCGAAGGCGUGCUGGACACCUGGGACGUCUUGUUUAAGCAGAACGACCCCACGCUGAGUGUAAAGGUGUGUGAUGAAGCCCUGUAUAGCCUGCGGCCUCAUGAGAGCGGACGCCUGGUGGCUUGCGGCUCUCAGCAGGGUGCAGUUACAUUAUUGGAGAUCUGCUUGGGACUGUCCAGCCUCCAGAAGAAUGAGAAGAGUCUUAUGGCUGAGAUGUUGGAGCGCGAGGCCAAGCGCGAGAAGAUCCUGGAGGCUCGUCAGAAGGAGCUACGACUGAAGGAAAGGAGUCGGUCCGAGCAAAGCCGAGAGGACGAGGCGAGCCGAGACGCGGCGGUGCGAGAGGAGACUCCUGAGCAGUUGAUCGCCAGAGCUGAGCAAGACUUUUUCAGCAUGGUGGAAGCUGAGAAGAGGAGGAGGAAGGAAAGGGAGCAAGAAAAAAAGCAGCUUAGCUCAUAGAUGGGAGAAAGACAACAAGAUUGCACCAGUGGAGCUCAGCUUGGGUGGAGUACGCAGAGAAAAGCCACACAACCAACAGAAGAACACGCAAACUCCACACAGAAGAUCCAUAGC